AUGAGUGGAGCUGGCCAGGCGGUGGUGCCGGACCCGGGUCCUGCAGCAGCAGUAGCAGCAGCACCGUUCUCUGAUGUCUGGGACCAGGAUGUAACGGACAGUGAAGACCUGGGAAGCUCAGUGUCGAAGUAUGUGCGAUUGGAUGCUUCUUCGUUGGGUGGUGCACUGAGCGAGGGCGAGGAGCCUGGCCUGGACAGCAAGGAACGGUUCGCACGUGAGAACCACAGUGAAAUAGAGCGGCGACGACGAAACAAAAUGACUCACUACAUUAACGAACUUGCCGAAAUGGUACCUCAGUGUGCUGCGCUCGGCCGUAAACCGGAUAAACUAACCAUUCUGCGAAUGGCAGUCUCCCAUAUGAAGACUAUCCGAGGUGUGUCACACAGUGAAUCAUCAUCAUCAUCAUCGUAUAAGCCUUCGUUUUUGUCCGAUCAAGAGCUGAAGCAUUUGAUCCUGGAAGCUGCCAAUGGAUUUUUGUUUGUUGCAUGUUGCGACACUGGUCGAAUUCUGUUUGUGGCCGAUUCGAUUGUCCCCGUCCUGAAUUUACGUCAGGUACCUGGUGUUUCUUUAUUUUAA